CAAAUUAACUAAAAACCAACCUUUUUCUAUUUUUUCUAUUUUCCUUUCAGCAAAGUAAAAAAACAAAAAGGAAAAUAAGAAAAUUAAAUUCCUUCUCUCUCCUUUUUAACUGUGGAGACGUCAGUCGGAAGAAUCAGUCCGGUGUCGAUUUCGGUUUUUCAACUCAUAACAAGCUCGUGCGUGCAAUUCCAGGGUUGCCUCUGUCAAUCAGGAUUGCUGCAAUUGUAAAUUUUCCAAGUUGAAGGUCAAAAGGCGUUGUAUUUGAGACAUUGGAAGCUGAAGAGAAAGAGUGCAUAAUGUUUUGGAGAUUGUGAUGUCUACAACAUGCAGACAGGGUCACAGUUGUCCUCGGAGUCUGAGGUACACCUUCACCCUGAGAAUACUCAUACUCAGGAUGCUGGUUUUGUUGUAGCCUCAUCAACCCUUGACAAUGCAAUACUUCAGCAGUCUGCCAAACGGCAAUGGGCUGCUUGGACACGGCAAGAGGAGGAAAGUUUCUUUAGUGCAUUACGACAAGUUGGCAAGAAUUUCGAGAAGAUCACUCAUAGAGUACAAAGUAAAAACAAGGACCAGGUCCGGCAUUAUUACUAUCGUCUUGUGAGGCGUAUGAACAAGCUGCUGGGUCCAGGAUUAUGUCUGGAUGCAAAAAACUCCAAGGAUACCAAUGCUGCAAUGCUUCGAUGGUGGUCUUUACUGGAAAAGUAUAGCUGCAAAGCCUCAAAGCUUCACCUAAAGCCCCGAAGGUUUAAGAUAUUUGUAGAAGCUUUGGAGCACCAACUCUUGAAAGACAGGAAGAGGUGUGUCAAGAAACGAUCUUUCCAAGGGGAAAACUGUUCACCUACAGCUUCCAGUACAGUCUCAAAUCAGAAUAGACCUUCAGGACAGGAUACUUGCACAGUUAAACUGGUUCUUGUUGACAGUCAAAACAUACAAAAAUUAGGGCCUGCAAAAGGAUCAUUGAAGCGCAAUGUCAACAUAGGUGUUAACCGUAGUAACAAGGGAGAAAUGACUACUAUGAAACCUGCAAGGCAACGAAGGAAACCAGCUACUGUCUCGUCAGCUGCAUAUAAAAAGUGGGAAAAGGCUGCAAUUGCUGGGGUUUCUUUAGUUGCCGAUGCUGCUGAGCAUUUGGAGCGGACAGCCACUGAUAGAGAAGUUGAACUUGACCAAGAGCAAAAGGCACUCGAAUCUGUUGAUAAAGCUCCACUCCCUUUGCCUGCUAUUUCACAGAAUCUUUUCACCAACAACAGCACACACACCCCUGUAAAACUUAAGCUUCAGCUGUAUCCAAUUGACGAUGGUACUCGAAGAGCCUUGGAAAUGGAUAAUCAUAAUCCACAUCUGGAGCUCACUCUUAGUACGAGAAAGAAGAUAUCGUCAGUAGUAGAACAUCUCAAUCGCAAAUGGGGCAAUUCUAGUGUAGCAUCCAGACAGCUAAUGCUUUUCCCUUACAGUGUUCAAAGAGAAAACCUAGUGGGUCAUCAGAGAUGGACACAGGACUCAAUUGUUAGUGCAGCAGAUGUAUAUGCAAUUAUUGGCAGCCCUCCACUGUUCCGCUUGAGGUAUGGCUGGUUUUCCAGUUCUGAAUUUGUGCAAGUUCCUUCAACAUCUUGCUAUAUUCCUAUUGUGCAUAAUGAAAAUGCCAAAAAUGGGAAGGAACAAUCUAUGCCAUCAACUAGUGGUCAGUCUGAGAAGCUUGUAGAUCCCUAUAAUGAUACCUCUGUGAAAGAAAACCAUGCAAUUGCACCUUCCUUAAGUGAUGUGCCCCAUGAGAUGAGUAGGUGCAUCAGCACUCCAAAAAGUAAUUUUGUGGAGUUGGAUCCUGCAGCAAAAGUCUCAUGGCACAAGAGGGAGCCUGAUGGAAAGCCUAUCACCAGACAAUUGGAAGAUGUGGGUGAAGUGAAAUUAAGUAAUGGUACUACAUUAUCAUCUGGGGAGUGGGCGGACAGUCUCACCAAUAUAAGUGUUGGAGAUCUACUUUCAGAAGUGCCUCAUGAUAUUGAUGCAUCACCUGUAACUGAAACUCAAUGUCUUCAGCAGAUCCCUUUCAACUGUGAUUCAUUUGAUGCAGCCAUUGCUGCCCACAUAUCUAAACAUCAAAACAAGAUGGAACAUGUAUCCACCUUGAUAUCCCAUACCACAUCCAUCUGGGAUGCGGAAGAAACAUGUGAUGCCUUCUCAUUUCAAAGGAAUCCUACUUUUUAUCAAGAGGCUUCUAGAUUGGCUGACAUUAAUCCUGCAGAAGACUGUAAACCGACUGCAAAAAUAAGUUCAGUGGGUUCUGGGGGCUUUAUUGAGGAAUUAGUGGAUGAUAAGAAAGCUGUGGACUAUCCUAGUGGAGAGGACCCUAUGGAUGACAAGCCAAUUGAUUUACAUAGCCUGGAAGAUUCUGAGAAGGAUUUCAGUGGGCUAACAGACAUAUAUUGGCCUGAAUCUUUAGGACCAUUAGAAUUGGACAUAUCAUCCUCUAAAUAUCAUUGUGAAGAUUUAGUUCUGGGUGAUAGCCUUGGAGGUUUAAGCCUUCUGAUAGCCAGCAGUGUAGAUGCAUUUCAAAAUUGCUCAUUGUUUGGGUUGGACAAGAAAGAACCAGCAACAAUAGUCGAUUCUCAUGAACCUGCCUCCCUUUCUGAUUUGAAAAUUGGCAGUCAGGGUUGAGAAUGCCAUGAAAUCAGAUCUGAGAUGGGAAGCAUUUCCAGAAUGCAGUUCCUAGGUUACUGACUAGAAUGGUUUGGUUGUGAGGAAAAGUUGUGAAUGAAGCAGCCCCCUUCAUCUGUACAAAAAUAGACAUGGAAAAAUCCACUUUCAACUUUCUUUAACAUCAUGGGAGGUGAGGAAGUGUACAAGCCCAAAUAGACAGAAUAACUUUAUUGACAUUCCUUUGUAUGUAUAAUGUGUUCACUUCACUGUCUUGUGAUGGAUGCAUUACUAACAAACGCAUUAUGGUUAUGCAUAUAUAUUAUUGAUAAACUUAUUUUA